GUUGGUCGUUCGUUGCAGACAAUGGUAAUUUUCAAAAGCCUAGCUCACCUCUCCUGAAAGUUUCCACCAUCCUAGACGUCGGCUCUGCGUUAAGUUUUAUAGAAGUCUUCAAGAACCACCAGAACUACGAAUUUCCUCUAUCUGCAGUUGUUACUUCAAGCUUUGGAUCCCAAAUGGCCAGCCCAUCUGUUGCCCUCUCUCAAACCAGAACGCGAAUUUUGGACUUUGCGAAACCUCACAAAAGCGAAGCAGCUGUUCGUUUGCGUACGAGCACAGCAGGAAUUGCCAUAUUGCUAUUGGUGAUGAAUCUCUCACCAUUGCCAUCCUUAUGGACGUGUUUUGGUGUCGUUUUGUCUCAGAAUUCAUCGGCCACAUCUUGGUGGUUUUAUCUGUGUUCAGCAGAAUUAGCGCUAUUGAGUCUCUUCGCUCUGAACGUCCUACAGGCUGGUUACGCGCUGAAAUAUCCUCGUGCACCGCUGCCACCUCUUCAGUCGCCUGCGAAAGCAAAUUAUAUCUCUCCCGUCAGCCAGAAGAAGCGUCUGCGAACUUUUACUCCUAAUACCUCCCCGCAAUUACAAAAAUCUUUCUCAUCCUCUUACAUUUCCUCUCCUAUCUCUACCCCUUCGCGUACUUUGCACUACACGAUGCCAUCAUCUCCGUCUCCUUUCAACACUCCAUUGAACUCAUCUUCGAUAUCGAUACCUCCAUCGCCAUCGCCAGUAAUAGCAUCACCUCUCGCAGCUUAUCGAGGACGACACUCUGCUUCUGUAGGGCAUGCUUUUGAUGGUUCAAUUUUAAGUCGGCUCAAUCACGAUUCAGAAGAUGACGAAGACGAAUAAAGACGUACCUCUUUUCUAUUCGAAUUUACCUAGCAAUGUGAUACAGGAUUUGCGCAUGAUCUAGCAUGCUAUCUAUUGACCCACUUUAAAGGGACACGCUUGAG